AUGGCUAAUCAAGCCGAACAAAUUCGUCUUGCACAAGCAGGUGUCCAUGAUCAUCCUGAAUUUGUUUUGAAAUAUCUCGAAGAAAUCGAAACGUUAGCUGAAAACGUCCUUGCCGAACGACGUGAAAUCAUCGAAUUGAAUAAACGGCGUGAUAAACUACGCGAAGCCAGUCGUGCUGUUCACAAACAAGCAUCGAAUGUCAAGACGAACUGGAUGUGUUUGAAUAAUAAUUUUCUCGCCAUGUCAACGAGAGAUUGUAAGCGUUUGAUUGAUCGCGAUUUCGAUCAAAUCAAUGUAGAAAUCAGUCAAGCAGAGAAAAAACUAAAGGAAAAUGUUAAAAAACUAUAUGAUGCAGAAAAAAAACCUGAAAUUCGCGGUUUCAAUUUGAAAUCUCUCUCACGUGAAGAACGCCAAGAAUUGGAUCAAUUGCUAGAACCAUACACUUGA